AUAAGUUAGCCGCCAGGUGGCUUUAACUUGUUUACAUUUGAAGUUGCAUGGGGUAUUACUUUUAAUUGGAUUUUAUUACGCAAAAGAGCUUAAUAUAUUUAGUUUUUUUAGUCGAGGUGUGUACUACGUGAGGGAAAAUAUUAUCAAAACAUUCGUGGUACGUACGUUUCAUCACUACAUAUAGGUCACCAGUCGACGUUUCAAGGUGUCAGCAACGUUUGAGGUUUUCAUCGUUGUAAUUGUGUGUAGUUGGCACAGUUAUAAUCUAGAUGCGCUUAGAGAAUAGACGAACUUUGAUUACUGCCGUCUCUCUUCUUAGUUAUUGGAGCGGAAUUCAAAAAUUUUCAGCCAUGGCCUGGAGAUCCCACGGUGUCAACAACCAUGACUUGGUUGCACAACUCAAGCGUAAUCGUGUCAUCCAAAGUCAUGAAGUGGAAUCGGCAAUGAAUCUAGUAGACAGGCAACACUAUUCUCAAAACAAUCCUUACAUGGAUGCCCCUCAGGGCAUCGGAUAUGGAGCAACCAUCAGUGCCCCUCACAUGCAUGCUGCGGUUCUUGAAGCGUUGAAAGAUCAUCUGCUGCACGGAACCAAAGCCCUUGAUGUUGGAUCAGGAUCUGGUUACCUCACUGUCUGCAUGGCCCUGAUGAUGGGCGAAAAAGGGCGGGUGACUGGCAUCGACCAUAUAAAAGGUCUUGUAGAUGAGUCUCUGGCUAACGUCAAGAAAGAUAAAGUUGCGCUGAGUCUUUUACACUCGAAACGUAUUCAAUUGUUAGUUGGAGACGGGCGCAAAGGUUACCCUGAAGAAGGUCCUUUCGACGCCAUUCACGUUGGAGCUGCUGUUCCAACUUUGCCUUACGAGUUGAUGGCUCAACUGAAACCAGGCGGUCGGCUAGUCGUUCCGGUGGGUCCUGAAGGCGGCAACCAAUCGCUGGAACAAAUCGACAAAAGAAAGGACGGCUCAUUCGAGCAUAAAUCCUUGAUGGGCGUCAUUUACGUCCCUUUGACUGAUAAGGAUCAACAAUGGCCGUACUAAGCGGAUGUCCGACGAAUCCUUUCUCAAAAGUGUUUUAUGAAUUAUCAUUUUCCAUGUCUGAAUUUCGCUGUUCAGUGAAAACAAAUGAUUCAAGACAAUCAAAUAACAUGCAUACAAGAAGCGA